AUGUCCUCCAAGGAGUACGCGACGACGCCUGAGAAUGUGGAGGCAUUCACCCAGAACAGCUUCCUGAAGAUGAUCACGGCAGCCACAGCAGUGCGGAAGUCGGUGAACGAGGUGGUCAUCACCAGGAUAUACGAAGCCCUCACUGCCUACAAGCCGGAGCUGGUACUCUCAGCAUACCUCUCCUUGUGUGAAAGCCUGGCAAUCGGCAAAGUGUUGGGCAUCCCGGUGCUGUUCUUUGGACUUCAGCCCUUGGUCGCCAGCAGAUAUGUGGGAGCCUUCGGGAUCUUCCCAGUGCUGCCGGACGUGUUCCGCCUGAAUCUGCGUGUGUGGGAUUAUUUGAAUCUGGACUUUGCGGAGAACGUGCGCAAGACCUCCGGUCCCAUUUUGGAGAAGCUGGCUGGGGUUCCUUCCGAGGAGUUCCAUCUCACUUUGGAAGAGUUCUACGAGCACUGCAGCUGCAGCCCAAAGUACCCGGUCCUUUUUGGCAUUAGCAAGGUUCUGACUGGGCCGCUCCCCCCAGACUUCACUGACAUGUGCAAGGUUCUGGGGCCAGUGGCUAUGGAACCGGAGAAGCAAGAAGGCCCAGACUUUGGAGCGCAGGACCAGUCAGCCUUGGGCGCCUUCCUUGCAAAGGGCGACGCGCCCGUCUACAUCGGCUUUGGCUCUAUGAUUUGCAGGAACCGGGAGUACAUGACCGAGUUGAGCGUGCGAGCCCUGAAGAUCGCCAACCAGAGAGGGGUGGUGCUGAGAGGCUUUGCGGAGAUGUCGGAGAAAGACAUCCAGGAUCCGGAGCUGCUGUCCUACUGCAAAGAGCAGGUGCUCUUCGUGGAGUCGGCAGCCCAUGCCAAGCUCUUCCCCAAGUGCAAGGUGAUGGUGCACCACGGGGGCUCUGGAACUACCAGCGCCUGCGCCAUGAGCGGAGUGCCCGCUGUGGUGACGCCUGUCUUCUUCGACCAAUUCGGCAAUGCUGAGCUGGUGAACAAGCAGGGCAAUGGUGUGGGCAUGAUGAAGGGCUUGAAUUCCAUCACAGCUGAAGAGCUGGCCGAUGCCCUGAAGACCGCCCAGUCCCCGGCCAUCCGGCAGAAGGCCCAGGAAGUGGCCGCGGAGAUGGCCAAGGAGAAUGGAGCAGCCCAGAUGGUGGUGGAAGUGAAGCGGUUUCUGCAGGAUGUGGUGGACACUGGCAUCUACAAAUCAGACAAAGCGGCUUGGGAGAAGCGGCGCUUGGAAGCCGAGCGGAAGAAUUGGGGCUACUGGGAUUUCAGAAGAACGCCACUGAUUUUCCUCCCACAUCCCCAAGAGGACAUUUGGGAGUUGGAGGACGCAACUCUUCCGAUGUCCCACGAGAUGGGCGCUCUGAGCGGCGUGUUAGCUAUCCCGAGUUGGGCCAAAGAGGUGCUGCCGCUGGGCCUAGCGGACUAUGUCGUGGGCUCCGACCAUGUGCACCUCCUUGCCGGCCCAGGAGGCUCGCUACUGUACCACCUUGCGGGAGCAGCCGGCCAGGCACAGCCGCUCAGCGGGCUCCUGCAACAUCAGGCCCAGCAGCAUUCCGCCACGGCACAUCCGCACCAGCCCUUUUGA